AUGAAGCGACAUCAGAAGGUUGACGGAGACGAAGCCGAUUCUAAAUCCAAACAGUUGGGUAUGGAUGGCAUCAACGGUGAAGUGGAAGAUGGCGAUGAAGCCGAUUCCAUCUCCAAAUUCGUCGAUACCGACUCGUAUGUAUCGAAUAAUAAAAAGUUGGAUGGGGACGACGCCCAGUCCAAAUCCAGAUUUGAAGACGAUGAUACAGAAUCCAAGUCCUCUAGUAGUAUCCUUACCAAAACGUCGGUGUUCACUACCAAGUCCACCACCACGGCUGUCACUUGCGUAGAGGAUUUGUUGGAAGGAGGUAACUUGGUGGCAGGAGACGCCCAUGGCCGCCAACCCACCCGACGAAAUACCCUCUUUGUGAUGGAACUGCCCGGCCGUCUGCAAAGAAGACCUGCUAUCCAGCCUACUCGACUGUCGUUUCCAGGUGCCUUUCGCAUAGGCAGCAACAGCAACAAUGAUGUUAUUAGUGACUCUGGCAGUGGUCGACAAUAUCAAACCUGGCUGGCACGGCAAAAUCCCGAUGCCCCCGACAGCAUCAUUUUGGUUCCACGGGCAUCCUUGGUCAGUGACGAUGCUAGCGUCUCCUCGUUGGGAACUGGUCCAGGACAACAACAGUAUAUCUUUGAAGCAUCUUUGGUUCGAGGAAACAUUGCCCCGGAAGACGCAGUCAUCAUGAGCCGUCGAAAGGUGAAAGUCAUCUUGGUUAUAAUAGUCGCCCUGAUCCUUUCCUUGGCAACGGCCUUGCUCAUUGCCAUGACACAAAUGGAUCGGACUGUUCCGCUGGCAACAUUUGCCCCGGGGAACGGAUCUGCUACGGAAGCUCCCCGGGCACCUACCAGUACGGUACCGGUACCGGUACCUGUGACAGUGAAUUUACCUGGCCCAGAAGUUUUCACCACGAUCCCGUCCACAACAACUGCUUCCAGUACUCCUUCAACAGAAUCUCCAAGUGGGCACUCCACCGCAGAAUCGGCGGGUAUUCAGAAUACGGACUCACCAUCGCCCCCCAACGCCCCCAACUUGGAAGGAGAAACAUUGGCUAAUUUUGACGGGGUGCUGCAAGAAGGAGGGGACCACGGAGAUGACGGUCCCAUCACGGUGAUUAGUGCGGAUACAAUACCGCCUCUUCCAAGUUCACAUCCCACCUCUGAUUCGGACUACGAAGAUGAAUAUAAGCCAUCCACCCAGCCAUCUGUCACCCCUUCCAAGAUCCCAUCAGUGGCCCCGUCAGAGGUAGUAACCUCUUUGCCAACCAGGGAAAUCACUUUUCUGGAAGCACUGGAAGCGUUGACACCCACUCCGGUCCAACCAACACCAACACCGACCUUGGAACCGUCAGGGACGCCAACAGACGUGGAAACUACCAACAAGCCAUCCUCCACUCCAAGUUUGCCUCCAGUCAAGCCUCCCACUGCAUCCACAAUUUCACCAGUGCCACCAGUCAACAUUCCAUUCCCAACUACCGAGAUCCCCUCCAGGCAACCCGCUACUGUUCAACCUCUUCCAUCCACCCUUCCCCCUUCCACGGAUCCACCAACAACAGACCCUCCACAACAAUGCCGCUUUGUUGAAUGGUCCAACGUUUAG